GAGGCGAGGCCCAGCCCGGGCUGUACAAUAGGGCUGGGUCGCGGCCGGGACUGGGCCGGCGCCGGGCGAGGAGCGAGAUCGCGGCCUGAGCCGACGGACACUAGGCGGACGGCGACUCCGAGCGUUGCAGGACCCCAGCCGCUCCAGCCGCGGCCUUCCUCAGCGCGUCCCCGCCUCCGAGUCCUUGCCAGCCGGGCUGGGACGGGCAUGAUGCGCCGCGGGACCGCCUUCCUGGCCGCGGGCGGCCGCUGCCGUCAUCGCUGAGACCCCGAGACCCCCAGUGACGCUGCAGCCAUGGAGAGCGGCCCGGAUGCAGAGCCAAGCCCCGGCGCACCCCCAGGUCUUCCAGCUAUGGCAGCCAGGAUCCCCGCAGAGCCAAGACCUUCUCCAGAAGGUGACCCCUUUCCACCGCCACCACCGAUGUCAGCCCUGGUCCCUGACACUCCCCCGGAUACCCCCCCUGCCAUGAAGAACCCUGCGAGCCCUAAGCAGCUCUUAGUGGAACCAGCGAGCCCCCCAGGGCAGGUGGGGCCUACACCAGCUCCCCCACAGGAGGAGACCCCUUCCUCAGAAGUGAAGAGCAGGGACCCCACCCCGCCAGCCACGGGCCCACGGGAUACCAGGCCUCCUCGAAGGAGCAGCCAGCCAUCCCCAACAGCAGUGCCAACCUCUGACAGCCCUCCCACCAAACAAGAUGCGAAAAAGGCAGGAGAAAGGCACAAGCUGGCCAAAGAGCGGCGAGAAGAGCGAGCCAAGUACCUGGCGGCCAAGAAGGCUGUGUGGCUGGAGAAGGAAGAGAAGGCCAAGAUGCUGCGGGAGAAACAGCUCCAGGAGCGCCGGCGGCGGCUGGAGGAGCAGCGGCUUAAAGCUGAGCAACGCCGAGCAGCCCUGGAGGAGCGGCAGCGACAGAAGCUAGAGAAAAACAAGGAGCGCUAUGAAGCAGCCAUCCAGCGGUCCGUGAAGAAGACAUGGACUGAAAUCCGGCAGCAGCGCUGGUCCUGGGCAGGGGCCCUGCACCACAACUCACCAGGACAUAAGACUAGUGGGAGCAGGUGCUCCGUGUCGGCAGUAAACCUGCCCAAACACGUGGACUCUAUAAUCAACAAGCGGCUCUCAAAGUCCUCUGCCACGCUCUGGAACUCCCCCAGUAGAAAUAGGAGCUUGCAGCUGAGCGCAUGGGAGAGCAGCAUCGUAGACCGCCUGAUGACGCCCACCCUCUCCUUCCUGGCACGGAGUCGCAGCGCAGUCACUCUGCCCCGCAACGGCCGGGAGCAGGGUAGGGACCGUGGCCCUGGGAGCCCUUCCACGAGGGGCGCGGCAGGGGCCAGCCUUGCUUCUGGGCCGCAUCCCGACCGCUCUUCUGCCUCCACAGCCGUGCCCGUGUGCCCGCGCUCGGCCUCCGCCAGCCCCCUGACACCGCCGUGCAGCGCCCCGCGGAGCGCGCACCGCUGUGUCCCCGCCGAGCGCCGCAAGCCCAGCGCUGGGGGCAGCCCCGCCCUGGCCCGCCGCCGGCCCGAGGCCUCGCCGGUGCAGAAAAAGGAGAAGAAGGACAAGGACCGGGAAAACGAGAAGGAGAAGAGCGCCCUGGCCCGGGAGCGCAGCCUCAAGAAGCGCCAGUCGCUACCCGCCUCCCCGCGCCCUCGCCUGUCGACGGGCGCGGCCUCGGAGCUCAGUCCCAAAGCCAAGGCCCGGCCGUCCUCUCCCUCCACAUCCUGGCACAGGCCUGCCUCUCCGUGUCCCAGCCCCAGCCCAGGCCACACUCUGCCCCCCAAACCACCGUCCCCCCGAGGCACCACUGCAUCACCCAAGGGGCGGGUUCGGAGGAAGGAUGAGACAAAGGAGAGCCCCAACGCGUCAGGGCCUGAGGACAAGAACCAGACCAAGGGCAGGGCCAGUGAUGAGAAGGAGCCAGCAGCCCCAGCCUCACCAGCCCCCUCGCCUGUGCCCUCACCCACACCAGCUGAGCCCCAGAAGGAGCAGCCCACAGUGGAGACCCCUGCAGGUACUGCUGUCCUAAUCUCACCCCCAGCCCCUGCUCCCCCGGUGACCUCUAGCAAACCCAUGGCAGGCACGACAGACCGAGAGGAAGCCACUCGGCUCCUGGCUGAGAAGCGGCGCCAGGCCCGCGAGCAGCGGGAGCGCGAAGAGCAGGAACGAAGGCUGCAGGCCGAAAGGGACAAGCGAAUGAGAGAGGAGCAGCUGGCACGGGAGGCCGAGGCCCGGGCUGAGUGGGAGGCGGAGGCCCGGAGGCGGGAGGAGCAGGAGGCCCGAGAGAAGGCGCAGGCCGAGCAGGAGGAGCAGGAGCGGCUGCAGAAGCAGAAAGAGGAGGCAGAAGCUCGGUCCCGGGAAGAAGCGGAGCGGCAGCGGCUGGAGCGGGAAAUGCACUUCCAGCGGGAGGUGCAGGAGCGGCAGGAGCGUAGAAAGCGUCUGGAGGAGAUCAUGAAGCGGACUCGGAAGUCAGAAGCUGCUGAGACCGAGCAGAAGCAGGACAGAAAGGAGGCAAAGGACAAUUCCAGCCCAGACCCUGUGAAAGCCGUGGAGGCUCCGCCCUCGGGGCUUCAGAAAGAGGCUGUGCAGAAAGAGGAGCUGGGCCCCCAGGAGCCUCAGUGGAGCAUGCCAAGCAAGGAGUCACAGGGGUCCCUGGUGAAUGGCCUUCAGCCUCUCCCAACGCACCAAGAAAAUGGCUUUUCCCCCAAGGGGCCCCCCGGGGACAAGAGUCUGGGCCGAACACCAGAGGCACUCUUGCCGUUCGCAGAGGCAGAAGCCUUCCUCAAGAAAGCCGUGGUGCAGCCCCCGCAGGUCACAGAAGUCCUUUAAAGGGUUACCAUGGAUCCAGAACAGCUAUGAGGGCUCCUCUGCAUCAUCCACCAGGGUGUCUGGAAGAGAAAGAGACCGAAUAAAGCUGAAGUGGACUGGGCCCCUGGGGGUGGGUCUUCUCUGUUGUUUUUAAUCCGCACCUUAUAGACUGAUGUCUCUUUGGCCGGAGCCAGACCCUCCCCCCAGUGCACAUGUGUGCUCACACGCAUGGACAACCCCCUUCCCCAAUACACACACAUACACUCACAGCCUCUCUGGCCUCCUCAUUUGAGGAAGGGCCACCUGUAGUAUUUGCUUUGGUUUGGUGGGGUACAGUGGAUGUGAAUACUGUAAAUAGCUUUUGCUCAGAUGCCUCUGAGUGGAGGGGGGUAGGUGCAGGAGGUACACCCUCCCCACAAGGCUCCUUGGGGGGAUCUUCCUCUCUUUAUUUAACUGUAACUGAGGGGGAUCCCAGGUCUGGGGAUGGGGGUGCAUCUUGGGCCACAGGAUACUGGUUGCUUCAGGGGCACCCAUGCCCCCUCCCUUGCCUGGAAUCAGUGUUAUUGCAUCUGAUCAAACUUCUCCAGAAAUAAAGUGAGAAUAAUUCUGCCAGUCCUGUCUAUCCUUGGGGCUGGCAGUGGGGGUGAGAGCAGGUGGCCUCUUGAGUUCUAAGGAGAAUUUAAGGAGCCUAGGGCCUGGGGAAAGGGUGGUCUGUCCUCACCCAGUGGUACCAGUCUUAGACUCCCUGCCCUAUGGUCUUCCAGGUUAGUGUUGAAUUCAUUCAUAUAUUUAUCCAACAAAUAUUAUGUCUUCUGUACUGGUAGUGAGCAAUGUUCUGGGGAUGCAGUUGUAGGAAAAGCUGUAGCCUUGAUCCUCAGGGAGUUUACAGGCUAGCAGGUAUGUGUCAUAGACAUUAUGGGUUGCCCUCUCAACAUCCAUCUGCAUCUCUUCUUCUUCCGUCUACAAAGAAUCCUGAUUUUGUUCAAGUGGCCAUCUUCCUCCUAGAUGCCACCCUAUGCUUCAGCAGAGGUGGAUCCCAGCCCCAGGGGUGAAUCAUAAUUGUAAAGAGCCAAAAAGUGAUGGUCCCAAAUGUCUCAUGAGUUUAGGCAUUCACACAUAACACAAUUCCAGCCAAUAGACAUGAACAGACCCUUCCCAAAGGCUUCUGUGAAAGGGUUCCUAACUUUGGAAAAGGACUCAAUGUGGUAGGCAGCCUCCAAGAUGAUCUCAAAUGUCCCUGCAUCCUGGCAUUCACAUCCUUGUGUGGUGCCCUCCCACAAUGUACCAGGGAUGGGGCAAGUCACCAGUAGAAUAAAGCAGAAGUGAUGGUGUUUCACUUCCAAGGUUAGACACUCAUCUUGCUUGCUUUCUUGCUCUUGGAUCACUCACCCUAGAGGAAGAGAGCUGUUAUGUUUGUGAGCAGCCUUAGGGGAGGCCCACAGGAGCAAGGAACUGGGACCUCCUGCCAACAGCCACAAGCGUAAGCUUGGAAGCAGAUCCUCCAGCCCCAGUCAAGCCUUCAGAUGACUUCAGCCCUGGCCGACAGUUUGGCUGCAACCUCAUGAAAGACUGAGCCAGAACCAACCAGCUAAGCCUCUCCUGGUUUCUAACCGAGAGAAACUGUGAGAUAAUAAAUGUUGUUUUAAAUGGC